GGAAAAAGCCAUUGGACUUUGAACAUAACUCUUAUUCUGCACCGAUCGCUCCAGACAGUUGAAAUUACGGGCAUUUCCGGAUGCUUUGGCAAAUAAUUAAGACUCCGUUUUAGACGGGAGCUACCAUAUUUAUCCGUGGCGAUUUCGUGCCGGCACAUCAAUCAAAGUAAAUAUUUAUAAAUUUCCACACACAUCCUGGCGGCAGGACGGACGAAGGGCACGGAGGCACCGAAUGCAUUCCGCUCACGGCAAUGGGGAAAGUGUCAAGUUAAUGCCAGCAGCGAUGGCAAUAACAACAACUACAAGGACAUACCACCCACCACCCCCCAGCCAGCAACUUUUUCUACCCCUUCACCUAAUGACUGCGUUGACGGCGUCAUUUGCCUGGCGAAAAGUUAUGUGACCUCAAUUGUGCAAGGAGAACGCAAAGGAAGUGCUCAGCGCCACGCACAAAAUGCAAACACGCACAGCGGAAUAACAUCGGAGCGAGAUGGGGCGACAGCGGACGAAAGAGACAGAUAUAGAGGGAGAGUUCAAAGGGCACGAGACAAGAUGCUUGGUUAGCCGGCUGUGCAUCCCAAAGUGGAACGGAACACAUCGCAAAGCCAGACGACACAUCUCGCACACUUUCCCUCCGAUUCGGAACUAGAUAUUCCCAACCAGGCUGAAUGCCGAGCCACAUCGACUAGCAUCGGGUAGCAGAAAUAGCAGAAGGAUGAGUAGCGGCAGGGGGCAACUCGGUCCAAAUGGGUCUGUGGAGUGCAUCAAUAGAAGUAGCAGAAACAUACAGAUGGCACGGUGUCCCGAUCUGGCAAGCACUCCGGAGCAUUUGCGACCGGGAUUUCGUGGUCGGACACACCGAUACGAUCCAAGUGACUUCGGGCUGACGACCAACGAGGAAUGGCGCCAUCCACGCAUGUUCCGCGACAUGACCUAUGAAACGGAUGCGGCAGCCAUGGAAACUUUUCGCCAGGCUCAGCCACGUCGUCAUCCGUAUGACACGAGAAUCAACCUGAGCAAUUUGCCGGAUGAGUGCCUGGCGGACAUGUCCGCACCUGGAUUCGAUCCAAGCAUGCCGUCACAGAUGUCCGAUUUGCGGGGAGAGUUUCUGGCCGAUGUCUCUGCUCCGAGUAUGUGCGAUGAUUCCAAGACUAUGCCCACCAAUGGGACACUGAGCCACGCGGACGAUGUGUAUGGUGAGAUUCUGGAUCGCUUUAGGAGUAUUAGAGAAAAAAUAAAUCGAUCGAAUCAACUCCGCCGAGCGGAGGAGGAUAAGUCGUGUGACACUCCCUGCUAUCAACAGACAACGCGACGCAGGACAUACACCCAUCGCGAUCCAAGUGGCCACAUCACCAGCCACAUUGAUGAGACGACUGUUUCGAAUACCUCAUCGCUGGAUUGCACCCCCAAUGGCUUAGACGAAGAACCGGGACGUCGUCUCAACUUCUCGUUGCCAAGCCGAUCUGAGAACCUGAUGGAUGAGUCAAUGCCCUCCUAUCACGAGGCAUCGCUGCCAAAUGAAUGCCUGGACAUUUUGGAUAACGAGACAAUGCCAGCUUUUGAAACGCUCGGUUCGAAUUCGUAUCGUUCCUGUUUGGAGAACGAGACCAUGCCGUAUAUGUCGUAUAUCUCUGAGGGAUCACGAAGACAGCAGACGAUGCCAAGCGAAUGCCUUGAGGAUGUGAGCCAGCCCUCUUUCGAACGGAGUAGAUCUCGAAGACUUAGUCCCAGAAGGCAGCGUCUGGUAUCGAUGCCCUCCCAGAAUCUGUGCGACAUAUCGGCGCCCUCGUUUGCCAACUCAUCCAGAGUUCGAACCACCAAUGAAUGCCUGGAGGACAUAUCAAUGCCAUCAUUUCAGGGGGUCUCGCAAGUUUCCAGGAGCAGAAGUCGCAGUCGAAGUCGAAGUCCCAGGCAAACGCAGAGAUCCAGGCACACGCGAAAUAUAAGCGAUAUCUCGGCCCCAACUUUCGCUAGUUCGCGACGAGGUCAAACCACUGCCAAUGAAUGCUUGGAUGACAUGACCAUGCCAUCGCUAGGACGAAUAUCACGCCUGUCAUCACACACAAAUCACCGCCAACCGAGAAGAUCGAUGUCAAUGCAAAACAUUAACGACAUCUCUGAACCCAUAUAUGUCAGCUUCCAAAGAGAUCCCAUGACCAAUGAAUGUCUGGAGGAAAUUGUCAUUCCACCUCAUGCUUACGGUGAAAGAACUUCGAGAAGACAACGAAACAGCGAAUGUCUGGAAGACAUGACAAUGCCCUCUUUUGGCGGAAUUUCGAGAGCCUCUAGGGCCAGAAGUCUGGAUCGACAUGAAAGAUCCAUGCCUUCACAGAUGAUGAGCGAGUGUUUGGAUGACAUGACCAUGCCUUCUUUUGGUGGAGUGUCCAGUGCCACCAGAAGGCAAAUGACGCUGCCCAGUGAGUGCCUAAAUGACGUCAGUGAGCCCUCCUUUGGCAGAAGAAGCGGUUCUCGAGGAUCAAGUCGACAGCAGAAUAUUUGCGACAUAUCAGCCCCUUCGUUUCUAAGCUCCACCAAAUAUGGAGGUACAAGUGAGUGCUUGGAAAACAUAGCAAUGCCAUCAUUCGCAGGAACACCGGGAGCAUCGAGGAGAAAGAGUUCCAGGCGAAGGCAGGUGACAAUGCCUUCUCAAAAUAUUGGCGACAUAUCGGCACCCUCAUUUGCAAGUUCGGGACGAGGCAAUACGACCAACGAAUGCUUGGAGGACAUUUCGAUGCCUUCGUUUGGCGGAGUGUCGUCUGCUUCCAGAGGCAGGAGUCCAAAGCGCCAACAGAGAUCACGGUGUGAUCCCAGUUCAAGAGGUCGUUUGACGACCAACGAGUGUUUAGUCGAUAUGACCAUGCCCUCCCUUGGUGGAACAUCUUCUUCAUCACGACGGCCUAUGGACCUGCCGAGCGAGUGUCUGAACGAUGUUAGUGCCCCGCCGUCUUUUGGAAGGAGCAUUUCGCGGGCAGCCAGUAGAAGGCAAAGAACGUUGCCAUCCCGGAACCCAUGUGCCAGCUCUACCAGAUGUCCGCAGACGAACGAGUGCUUGGAGGACAUUUCGAUGCCAUCAUUCGGUGGUGUUUCGGUGGCCUCCACACGCCGACAGUUGACCAUGCCCAGCGAGUGUUUGGCGGACAUAUGUGCACCGUCCUUUGGAGGUAAUUCUGAUGCGUCCAGGAGACAAACCACUGGCUUGCCCAACGAGUGCCUGGACAACGUAAGCAUGCCCACCUUUGGCGAUAUUUCGGCAGUUACAAGGAGAAGUGAGUGCUUGGAAGACGUGAGGCAACCUGCCCUGGGAAGAAGUAGAUCGGUUGGACGGAGUCCCCGAAGUAGGAAGAACCUAAGCAGAAGUCAAGUCCCCAAUAAAUGUCUAGAGGAUGUAACAAUGCCUUCGUUUGGUGGAAUAUCAGGCUCUUCUCGGAGGAAAAGUAACUCACGACGUCAAAAAGCACCCUUGCCAUCCGUCAUGAGGACUAAUGAAUGCUUAGAGGAUGUAUCUAUGCCCUCCUAUGGAGGAGUAUCAGGCGUAUCCAGAGCGAAGAGUGCACGACAAAGAACGAUGCCGUCCAGACAUAUUCAAGACAUUUCCGCACCCACAUUUGCCAGCUCUGGCAGAGGAUACACUACAAACGAUUGCUUGGAUGAUGAAACAAUGCCAUCUUUUGGAGUUGUCUCGCAAUCUCCGAGUGGAAGGUCUUCCCGAAGACAGGCUCAAAGUAUCAGAUCAGGUCGUGGAUUUGAUACUAAUGAAUGCAUUGAGGACAUUUCGAUGCCUUCGUGUGCGGAAAAUACGCAGAGCUUUAGGGCAAAAAGCUCGACGUCAGUGCAAAGGUCAAGACAUGGAGCGAUGACCAAUGAAUGUCUGGAGGAAGUGACAAUGCCCUCGUUUGGCACUUCAAGUCGUAGUCCAGCUGCAAAUGAGUGUCUUGAGGACAUCUCCAUGCCUCAAUAUGACGAACAUACAGGAUCGUCCAGAGGAAGGUGCCCCACACCUAUGCAAAGCUCAAGACGAAUAGUGCUGAGCAACGAGUGCUUAGAUGACAUUACCAUGCCAUCGUUUGGUACUUCUAGGCGUGGACUUGUAACUAAUGAAUGUCUUCAGGACAUUUCAAUGCCUUCCUAUGGGGGAAAUUCAAGGCUGUCCAGAGUUAAGAGCACCACGCCAUUGCAAAGGUCCCAACAGAUGACCGCGGAAUGCUUGGAUGAUAUGACAAUGCCCUCGUUUGGCACUUCAAGUCGUAGUCCAGCUACAAAUGAGUGUCUUGAGGACAUUUCAAUGCCGUCCUUCGGCGAAAGCAGAGGAUCGUCCAGAAGAAGAUGCCCCACACCCACGCAAGUGUCUAGGCAAGGCAUGAUGACCAAUGAAUGCUUGGAUGACAUGACCAUGCCAUCGUUUGGUACUUCUGUUGCCGAAAAUGCAGGAUCGUCCAGAAGAAGAUGCCCCACACCCACGCAAGUGUCUAGGCAAGGCAUGAUGACCAAUGAAUGCUUGGAUGACAUGACCAUGCCAUCGUUUGGAACUGUUCCUGAUGAAUGUCUUGGGGACAUUUCAAUGCCGUCGUACAGAAGAAAUACAGAAAGAAGCCUCACGCCCGGACAAAGGCCCAGACAGGAAAUGAUGACCGAUGAAUGCUUGAAUGAUAUGACCAUGCCAUCAUAUGGGGAGGCAUUUGCUUCACCCAGAAGGCAAAUAGUAAUGCCAAGUGAGUGCCUGAACGACGUGAGUGCACCGUCCUUCGUAAGCGGCACUUCCGAGGGAACCAGUCGAAGACAAAGGAUCUUGAUGUCCCAAACUAAUACUGACUGCGGUGGCUGGCCAGCGUCACGGGGUAGAAGCCCCAGGAUGCCGCAAAUGUCGAUGACGAAUGAGUGCCUAGAGGACAUGACAAUGCCCACGUUUGGCGGCGUCUCUGGGUCAUCACGACGCGGCCAAAGUGCCAUGGACAGCGUUCGACUGGAGGACAUGAGCAUGCCCUCGGGCCUGUCGCAUCGAACCCAGUACGGCGAGUGUGUGGAGGAUAAUGUGAGUGGAGAAGGUGGUCGUCGCCACCGGCUCUUGGCGCCUCUGACCACCAACGAAUGCCUCGAGGAUGUGAGUGCGCCCAGUUUUGCCGCGAGCAGUCGAACGGCCAGUAGACACUUGCCCCAGUUUACAAACGAGUGCUUGGAGGAUGUUUCCAUGCCGCUCAAUGAUUCAUUAUCGAGAAACGUUUCUAAAUCAACAGCGCGACGUCCGCCGGACAUUUCCUAUCCGUCCGAGAUGUUGGCCAAUGAAAGUGCUCCCGCCUAUCAGUCGGCCAACUGUACGUGCUCAUCUUCAUCUCCAUCGCCACCGCCGCAGCAGAGCUCCAGAAGUUUGCCCUGGGAAAAGGGCAGUGCCGGUUGUCUGGAGGAUGAGACAAUGCCCACCUUCGAGGACGUUUCCUAUCAACCGCGUCGCCAUCAGCUGACCAUGCCCAGCGAGAACCUGGCGGACAUCACAGAGCCCUCCUUCUCGAGAUCCCGUUCCAAAGUGGGGGACACAGGUCAGCCGGGCCUCUUUCACUCCACGGGAUUGCCGAGCUCUACGCGAAAGGAAAGCCUUAAGGGCAAGUCCCCGCGUCAGGAGCACAAACGAGAUGCGGGCAAGCAACUGGCCGACGAGAGUGCUCCGUCCAUACUGAAAGACGCCGCCAAGGGACCUUCGGAAGUGGUGAAGGAGGUGACGGUUCAGAGCUCCAAAACCUCGGUGACGCGUGUUUUUAACAACACACCCGAUGGUGGCAAUAACUCUGGCCAGCCCAUGAUCGAGGACCUUUCGAUGCCGCCGUUCGAGGCCACGGACCCCAGUGCCCAUGAGUCCCGCCAUCAGGAUGCCUCCCUGCAUGGCUUCAGAUCCAUGGACAACUAUAGGCCAUUCGAUGAACUCAUAUAUAGCCAGGAUUCGGUAGGUAAUCAAACCCAGCCCCAGCCCCAAACUCCGCAACCGGUGAGGAGUGCGAGCCGCGGUCGCAGUGUGCGAAGGCCACCGAGCAAUCCGAGCAAUCUUGGCGGGAACGUUGGUGGGGCCACCCGGACUCCUGGACAGCCGUGCGAUAUGGUUGGAACUAGUUACCCCCAUGGAAAACCCCAUUGCUAUACCCGCAAACCCUGCUAAACAGAUAGUCGGCCUGGUGGCAUAUUUUAUACAUUUUUUAAUAGAGGGAAAAAAAUAAGUAUUAAACAAAUGUCAGUA